UUCCGGUGACUUCACUGUCAUCAAACGCGUAGGACGAGUUAUCAGUUGUGCACAUUUCCGUGAGCUAAACGAGAUAAUUGUGAACUCAGUGUAUAACGCCAGUGCUGGCCGACAGGUCAUAUAAACAUAAAUAUUAUUAUAAUCACAAAUAUAAUAUAAUAUAACAUACAACAUCAAUAACAGAUAAAAUUUUAUACGCAAAGUCUGGUGUUCGUUCCUUAACUUCAAAAACUUUAAUAAAAGUUCCAAAACAAUAGUUCCAAAUUUACAUAAGAUACAACAUAAGUAAAAAAAGAAAAAUGUACUUAGAUUUGCCAGUAUUCCGCCGUUGCUGCUGUUGUUUGCCAGUGCGACAUGGCAUUAUUGCAUUCGGCUAUUUUCACAUGGUGAUCGCCUGUCUAAUGAUAUCCCUAGAAAGCUGGUUACUCACUAAAGGUUACGACGCCUCGAAACCAGCGCCGACCGUCUUCAACGGAGUUGGGUUUAUGGUUCAGGUGUGGGUGGUGUUCGUGCUGUAUGCUGUUGAUAUCGUCUUCACUGUGGUGCUGCUGGUUGGGGCACAUAGGAAACGAACCCAACUUCUCAAGGUGUACGCGUACUAUGCUAUCGCGACCUGCUGCUCCAGUUUGGUCCUCUUCAUCAUCAUGAGGUGUCAGAUGGAGGAGGAUGAGCCGUAUCUCAUCGUGUAUACGACGAUCACCGAAACUAGCCUCGCCGCUGCAGCUCUAAUUAUCAAAAUCUACUUACUGUUGUUGAUUCGAAGUGAAAUAAAGAAGUUGGAGCAAAACUGCGAGCUACGCUUCUCUAUGAAGACAGAAGAAGGAAACCCAUUUUAAAUUUGACUACUAACCCUUAAAGAGUAACCCUAGUAAUGUUAUAAAAAUUACAAGCUUUAUUUAGUUAGCUUUAGUAGUAAGCUUAAUUUAUUGUUAAUUAGUGACAAACACAAUUUUAGUAAUGUACGGCAUCUGAACUGCCCCGGGACAGGGUGGGCCGACAGGAUACGGAAACAGCCGAAAUUUAAAUUAAGAAUAUAAACUACGUAUUGCACUAGUG